AAUAUUGUUUAUUUAUUUAUUUAUUUAUUUACUUAUCGCCAAUGGAUGAAUCCUUAUCUGGCUACAUACGAUUACCUUAAAUCUAUUAUUAAAAAUUACUUUAAAAAUAUUCCCUAUGGGUUUGCCUUAGCAUAUCUUUAUUGGCCCCCCAGCUGAAUCUAAUGCUAGAAGGCAAAGAAUUAAACAAUCUAAGAGCUCUCAGAAGUGGCUCAUUGCGAGCAUAAUUAGUCCCUACAGCACGGUCCAGGAAUGGAACCAUGGUACGGAGAUUACUGGCAGGAACAUUAAAAUUGAUGCAUCCCAACAGGCAAGGACAAUCAAUAUUUCCUACUAGCUGAUCGUUCCUUGUACCUUGCUGGAAGAGGCGUGCGCGGAAUUUCGUAUAGACCGGGUCGAGUGGACCACUCUUACUACAGAUAGCGCUAGUAACCGUGCGCCGCGAAACUUUUUUUGGGGCUUGGAAAGCAUGAAACUGCCUCGCACACUGCAUUAAUUUGGUCGUUGAUGAUACCAUUAAAGAUAUUUAUUCAUUUACGAACAUUAUGGAUAAAAUAUAGCGAAUUGUUACGCAUUUCAAGCAUAGUACGUCUAUGAUGGACCAAUUAAGAAAGGCACAAGCUGAUGAGGGCAUUGCGGAAGGAAAAAUUAAGACUAUUAUCCAAAACGUAGAUACGCGAUGGAAUUCCUGCCAGGAUAUAAUGGAAUCCUUUUUGGGUUUAGCCAACAAAGUUGCAGUUAUCUUAAUUAACAAGUUAGAACGUGUGAAGGGAUUACCCGAAAUGCUAAAUGCUUUAGAGCUGAAUAUUUGCAGGGACUUGUGUAGACUCUUUCAGCCGUACAAAACAGCGACAGAGCAGAUAAAUGGUGAACAAUACGUCACUGCAAGCCUAGUAAUUCCACUAAUAUCGCUAUUAGCAAAUAGAACAAACAAAUCGAGCUUGGAUACAGACAAGGGAAAUCGAGACAAGGAGGCGCUAGUUAAGAUCUUCGAAAAAAGAUUUCAGACGUUCCAGCAACAAUUUGAAUGCCCAAGAAAGAAGGAUGUUGAGAAACAAGAAGAUUUUGACGAUUUUAUGAGCUCCCACAAUUACUCAACUCAAAGGGACAUGCACGAUGACAAUAAGGAGAAUAAGGAGCUCAAGUUAUACUUCAGCUUGAGAUAUGGAAAUCUCAUAAAUCAACCAUUCCAAGCCUUUAUAAACUCGCCAUGAGGUACCUUGUUACCCCGGGUAGCUCGGUACCUUCCGAGCAGUUGGCGUCCGCUAUAAAUUGCGUGGUGUGCGACUCCAGGAGCCGUGUGACGGAAGCCCACAUCACACAAAGAGAUUUCCUCAAAUCGUUGAAGUCGUCACAUUGCAAAUAAAAUUAAAACAUAUAUCAGUAUCAUUAUAUAAGUAUUAUUAUAAUUUCUAUUAUAUCUGGAAUAUAUGAACUAAUAACAGUAUUAUUAUUAAGUUGAGAAUAAUUAUGAACAAUGAACAAUUAUCUGUGUUAUUAUUAUUAUAUUAAGAACUUAAUGAAGUAUUAUUAUGAUUAAUUUGAGAAUAUGUAUGAACUGCAAAUUGAGAAUUUAAUGA